AUGGCGCACCGAUUCGUAGUUCCCGACUCGAGCCCUGCGCCGUCCACCCCGGACAAGAAAUCCAAGAAUGGAAUGACCUUCUCGUUUUUGGGCGAUAUGCCCUCGACGACACCAGCUGGACCGCCCCCAUCAUCACAAGCCUCCUUCACCCCGGCGGGAGCUCCUUCAGAAUCCUACCUUGGGAGCUCCAUCUUGCGAGGAGUAAGCACGAACAGUAAACCUUUCGGCUUCGCUGGUACUCAGUCACAGAAUGCCCCGGGAAGAAAUUUGUUUGGUCGCCCUGAGCCCUCUAAUGCACCACUCGGCCACUCCGUUAGAGGUGGUCACCGCCAGCCUUCCAGCCUCAGCAGACAGUUUAGCAUUAGCGAUGAAGAAGCCGAAGUCGAAGAUGCUGAAGGGGAGGACGCACUCCCACCGCACAGCCUGUUCCGCAAAUCGAGCACCUUGCCCCACCGACACGGCGACGAGGACGAUGAAGACGCAGAGGGCGACGAUAUCGAAGCCGAGAUCGAACGAUACAUUGACGAAGACAUGGAGGGCGAUAAGAAUGCUGAAGGCGAGGAGCGGGAGGAAGAGAAAGAUGGACGGUCUGAGGAGGGCUCUGAUGAAGGGGACUUGUUUCUUAACAUGCGACACGAUGACCGGCCCUACGGACAACCCAUCAUCGGAGAAGGUGACGACUUGAUGAUGCUGAAUACUCCAGCCGCAACAGACAGAGUUCGAAAGGAAGCUGAAGAUAUUUUCCGACGGUCGUCGGCACGGCUCGGGGGCUCUAUGCGACGAGAAUUUCAGUUUGCGACAAUUGCUCGAGAUAUGUAUACCCAGCACGAUGCCGCGAGAAUUACAGAGACCCCUGACUUGAUUCUCAAGACAGAGGACUUGGUAUGCCGACUUUACGACGAGGGCAUCGGAGCGGUGGAUGAUGCGGAGAAAAUGGACAACUCUUUAGCCAAUAUUACGUUUCGACUGGUCAAGCUUUGGAAUGACUAUGUCGAAGACUUGCCUCAGCCUGAAGGGGAAGAUUUUGCGACCAUUGGACCUGGACCUGAUGCUGACCCUUUUGAGAAGGCAGCGUACGUCGCUCACUUAAUUCUGCGCUUGCACCACACCAGGUUUGAUAACGACUUGGAAGAUGAGAAGACACCGCCUCUGCCCGAAGUUCUUUUCGAUUGGCAGCAAGCAAGCCACAAUCUGUACCCGGACCAAAUUCGCGAAAUCAGCCGCUACAAGCCUGGCCCAGCUUGCCAUAGCUUAUACUGGCAAACGCUUCGAAACGCUUUACUCAGAGGCGAUGUACGCGGGGCCUCUCAACUUCUCAAGAAUGCCGGGUGGGAGAACGUUCGAAGGGGACCAAGAGGCGAUAGUGCAUACACCGGCAAAGCACUGGAAAAUGUUCGCCGAUUCGCGGAAGCGACCUGUGACAUGCUGGAGAAGUGUCCAGCUAUGGCAGGCGACUGGGACAUUUGGAACAGCAGCUGGACUCUGUUUCGUGUCCAGGCUCGUGGGUCUCUAGAUAGGCUGAAACUAUUUGCUGAGGGUCGCGAUACGCAACUUUCAGGGUCCCUGGAUGGCAGCUACUCCCCUGAGCCGCAGUCCAUGUCAACGAUGGCCCGAAAGGCAUCCAGUCAAAUACCCUGGGAUGUGUAUGAAAACCUACAAAUCGUGUACGGCAUUGUUCUUGGAAACCACGAGUCUAUUUUGGAGACAGCACAGGACUGGUGUGAGGCAACAAUUGGGCUGUUUGGCUGGUGGGAUGAUGGAAGCCAGCGUCAUAGAAACCUGAGGCUGUCGCAUGCUCGAGGCUUCCGAGCGUCUCCUGGAUCGCAGUUUGGGGCCUCAUCGGACUACUUCGAGCGACUGGGUUCCGCAUUCCGCCUUGUUCUUCAAUCGGACAUGAGCCCCAAUCCUGUGAAUGCCGUUGAAGUUGCCAUUGCCUCCUGUUUUGAAGGCAACGUGAAUGGCGUCAUCGGGCUUCUAAGGAUCUGGUCGCUUCCCGUAGCUUCCUCUGUAGCUGAGAUCGCCUCACUGGGCGGGUGGCUACCUCCUACAGAGACUGCCAAGCCGUUGCCAAUAGAUACCUUGGAUAUGGAUGACCUUGCUUUGCUCGGUGUAGUGCCACCCUCAACUGACGAGCUGGAAGGGAUCAAAGACACCACCCUUGUCCUGUACGCGCGGGAAUUGGCCGGCAUCGAGCGUCUUUCUGCCCAAAAAGAUGGAUGGGAAAUGGCCAUCCAAGUCCUCGGCAGAAUGGACCUGCCGCAGAAGUCGGAGGAAACUAUUGGGGAGCUUCUCCGAGAUUUGUUUGUGACAAUGGACGAGAAUUCCGGCAGAACUGUCGACCGAAUGUGGAGGAUACUCAAUGAUCUUGGCAUGAUAACUUAUGCCGAAGAGACGGCAGAGACGUUUGCCGAAAUAUUGUGUAAGGAGUCCCAUAGAUACGGCGAGGCAAUUUGGUAUUAUGCCCUGUCACAUCGACCAGACAGGGUGCGAGAAGUGUUGAAUCUUCUCAUAGCAUAUUCACUAAUUCAAUCGACGGCGUUCCCGCCUAAACACGAACUAGACGAAGACCUUAACAAUUUGCUUUGCAAGAGAACAAAAACCCUGGAAGCUAAAGCAAAGCAAGAUUUGGAGGCUGCACAGCUGCUGGGUCGGAUGCUCAGCGGCUAUGCCACGCUGCGGAAUUUUUACGAGAUUCGUGAUGAGCAGAAGCUGGAGGAGAUUUCAAGUACAAAAGCGAAAGCACUCAAGAAACAGGCUGCGAUGGCCUUGAUGGCUGUUAUUUCCAGUGCAGAUGAUAAUAUUCGAGGAGGACUAUACGAUGAGUCCCGCGAUGCGGUUGUCAGCGAGGACUUUUUGCUAGCCCUGCUCGGCGAGGCAACCGUCUUCAUCAACCAGACGCCUUCAGCCAUUUCUCUCGAUCAGAUUGAUGUUCUGCUCAAGGCGGUGGAGGACGUACAAGCUGUGGGAUCGCGGGUCUACGACUCUUGCGACUCCUUCUUUGACUUGGUCCUUUCGUCGGGGCAAGGUCUGAAGGGAUCAACACCGGCGGAUCUCAUGAAGAAGUCGACGGCAUCAUUGAGCGGAAGCAGUUAUGUAAUGAGCGGGAGCUCCAUGCUUGCCAGCCACAUGCACAGGUCAACCAUGGCUGGCGGUAAGACUACUCGGGGCUGGGACUGGAGGAAGGGAUGGCAUGUGUCCACUAAGGGCGAGGAUGUGCUCCGGAAGCUGCGACUAGGGCUCUCGAAAGACCUUGCAGCGUUGUGGCUGGAAGAUGCUGACGGGAUUGCUUGUCUUUUGCGAGGCGCAGUGCGUAGCUCCGGCUCCGGAGCACACGCAUCGUCACCGGCAUCACCAGCACUAUCCGCGCUGCUCACCCAACGCCGGCGCUUUUCAAGCGUCAAAUCCCUGCCGCCAACCUACGAGAGGCUCUUCACCAAGUACACCGACGUGCGCAGGGUCCUGGGCGCGCAGCGCUUGACGCUGGCCGAAAAGAUCCUCUACAGCCACCUCGACAACGUGGAGGAGUCUCUGCUCACAAACACCUCCAAUGGGCGCCAUGUCCGCGGCAAGGCCAACCUGCGCCUCAAGCCGGACCGCGUCAACAUGCAGGAUGCGUCUGCGCAAAUGGCACUGCUGCAAUUCAUGUCGUGUAACCUCGAGCGGCCCGCCAUCCCGGCCAGCAUCCACUGCGACCACUUGAUUGUGGGUUCCAAGGGCGCCGGCGACGACCUCGAGGCCGGCAUUGCUGCCAACAAGGAGGUCUUUGACUUUCUGGAGAGCGCUGCCAGGAAGUAUGGCAUGGACUUUUGGCCGCCCGGAGCCGGCAUCAUCCACCAGACCGUCCUGGAGAACUACGCCCUGCCCGGGUUGAUGAUGUUGGGGACCGACAGCCACUCGCCCAAUGCGGGCGGCUUGUGUACCGUGACGAUUGGCGUGGGCGGUGCCGAUGCCGUCGAGGCCUUGGUGGGCGCGCCGUGGGAGCUCAAGGCCCCCCGGAUCCUGGGCGUUGAGCUGACCGGCAAGCUGGGCGACUGGGCGUCGCCAAAGGACGUUAUUUUGAGAUUGGCCGGCGAGCUGACCGUUCGUGGUGGGACGGGCUACAUCAUCGAGUACUUUGGCGACGGUGUCGAGACGCUGAGCCUUACGGGCCAGUCGACCAUCUGCAACAUGGGAGCCGAGGUUGGCGCCACGACUUCAAUCUUCCCGUAUACGCAGGCCUCUGCUCGUUAUCUCCAGGCGACGCGCCGUGCCCACGCCGUCGACAAUGUCAACGCUCUCCAGAGCUUCCCCGAUCCGGGAGCCCCCGAAGACGCUCGCUUCCAGUUCAAGGCUGACGCUGGUGCCGAGUACGACCGGGUCAUCAAGAUCAACCUCUCCGAGCUGGAGCCUCACAUCAACGGGCCCUUCACGCCCGAUCUCGCCACUCCGCUGAGCAAGUUCAAGGGCGUCGUCAAGGACCAGCAGUGGCCGGAGAAGCUGUCCGCCGGCCUGAUUGGCAGCUGCACCAACAGCUCCUACGAGGACAUGACCCGUGUAGAGAGCUUGCUCAAGGAGGCCGCCGAGGCCGGUCUCAAGCCCGCUGCCGACUUCUACAUCACCCCCGGCAGUGAGCAGAUUCGAGCCACCCUCGAGCGUGACGGAACGCUGGACACCUUUGAGGGAGCAGGCGGCAUCCUGCUGUCCAACGCCUGCGGCCCCUGCAUCGGCCAGUGGAAGCGGCAAGACGGCGUCGAAAAGGGCACCUCCAACGCCAUCCUGUCCUCGUACAACCGCAACUUCCGCGGCCGCAACGACGGAAACCCCGAAACCAUGAACUUCCUGGCCUCGCCUGAAAUCGUCACGGCCAUGGCCUUUGCCGGCUCAACCACCUUCAACCCCAUCACCGACACCCUCAAAACCCCGUCCGGCAAGCCUUUCAAAUUCUCCCCGCCUCACGGCCUCGAAGGACCCCAGACGCCCUUCGAACCCGGCGUCCCCUCCCUCGGCGUGCUCUCCCAAGACGCCGACCCGUCCGUGCAAGUCGCCAUCUCCCCGUCCUCCGACCGCCUCGCCUUCCUCGAGCCCUUCGCCCCCUUUCCGCAGUCCAAUCUCACCGGACUCAAGGUCCUCGUCAAAGUAACCGGCAAGUGCACCACCGACACCAUCUCGGCCGCCGGCCCCUGGCUCAAAUACAAGGGCCACCUGCCCAACAUCUCCACCAACACGCUCAACACUGCCGUCAACGCUGAAACCGGCGAGGUCAACGCCGCCUACGACCUCGACGGCUCCAAGCACACCAUCCCUGAGCUGGCGGAGCUCUGGAAGACCCGCGGACAGGAAUGGCUCGUCGUGGCCGAGCACAACUACGGCGAGGGGUCGGCACGAGAACACGCCGCUUUGCAGCCGCGCUAUCUCGGCGCCAGGGUCGUCUUGACAAAGAGCUUUGCCAGAAUUCACGAGACCAACCUGAAGAAGCAGGGCGUUGUUCCGCUGACGUUUGCGAACGAGGCCGACUACGACAAGAUUGCGGCGGGAGACGAGGUUGCCACCGUUGGAUUAUAUGAGAUGUUGCAGAACGAGGGCAAGGGUGAUGUGCAGCUCAAGGUGAAGAAGAGCAGCGGCGAGGAAAUUUUUAUCCCGACCAACCAUGCGGUUACCAAGGAUCAGGCCGGGUUCAUUUUGGCUGGUAGUGCAUUGAACUUACUCUCAAAGGGAAUUUAA